UUGAGAUAAAAAUUGCAUUCAAACUGAGGAUUUGUUUUGGCUGUUUAUGUGUUACUUCCUUUGAGCAAAGUGAUUAGCCCUUAUUCAGGUCUUCUUGCUCCUGUUAAGAAGGGAAACUGAUACAAUGACAUCAAGUCUUUCUUGGAUACAAACCUCAUUGUCUUCCAAAAAGAAGUCAAGUGUCAAGUACGUAAUGAGAACCUGAUGGGGGAUAUUUUUUUGCACAGUGGUCUAAGGGUGGUUUGGUUUGGUUUGGUUUUCACACAGCAUCAAAUCUUGCAUUUAACUAAUGUACUUCAGUUUUUGGUCGACCUUCCACCGAGUCUGUUUCCAGUAGCAACUUCAAAUUCUUCCUCUAACUUCCUCCAGAAGUAUGGCAAUACUACAGUCAGAUUUAUCCUGAAUGGCUGCUCCCCUCCAUGAAAUUCAGGCCAGUACAGAACGGUAUCUGAUGUGGUCAUUUAUGCUCGGAGGGUGUGUUUCUCCCGAGGAAGGCAGGCAUACACCUGGCUCAGAAGAAUCUUUACUAAUGAAGAGUUUUCUUUUGCCUCCACGACUAGUAUCUAAAAGUUAGUGCAUUUCUAACACCAUUGAGAGGAAUGCCGCAUUUGUCUUUACAAACAAGCUGUAGAUCUGUUGGUAGAUAAGGUUAGCAUUGAGAGAUAAACAACGGAAGGGAUUUCACCGAUUGAUGAAUGGGAAAAGAUAUUUGCCUUUACAAACAAACUGUAGGUUUGCUGAUACAUGAAAUCGGAUAUCGGAAGAUGAAAGAAGAAACGGAGAAAGAUUAUGAAUUCUAUAAGAAUUAAAAAUUAAAAGGAAGGGUUAUACAUUAGAGGGGAAUCUCAGGUAUCAGGUCUUCUGGGCAGUCUGUGCCUCUCAAGUACCUCAACCAAUGGGGAAAGAGAGAGGGAAAUGCGGCCGUGAAAAUAUGAUAAAAAGGGAGGCUGCGUCCUCCACAAGUUUGAGAGGGCAAAGAAAUGGUAAAGGGAAGGAUCGAGCGGAGAGCGGCGGGGCGGGGCCGGCGGCGGGGCGGGGCCGGCGGCGGGGCGCAGCCGCCGCGGGGCCGGAAAUGGCGGCGGAACGGCAGCGGGAGCCGGGCCGCGGGGCCGGGGCCUGUCCCGGUGUCGCUGCCUGCCCCGCGGCCGGAGGGUGCCGUAGCUCCGCUCCGCCCGCUCCUGGGCAGGCACUCGUGGAGCAGGCCCGGCGCCGCCUGAGGCAGUUCGAUGUCGGGGCCAGGUUCAGCCGCCUGCCGCUGCCCCGAGCCGCCGUGCUGCUGCCGCUACUGGUGCGGCGGGGCCGGCUGCACCUGCUGCUCACCGUGCGCUCCAUGCAGCUGAGAAGAUCACCAGGGGAGGUGUGUUUUCCAGGAGGUAAAAGAGAAGCCACUGAUAAAGAUGAUAUUGACACUGCUCUCCGAGAAGCUAAAGAAGAAGUGGGUCUGCAGCCAGAGAAGGUGGAAGUCAUCUGUAGGCUGAUACCUGGAAUUGAUAAAAUGAACAACUUGGUGACACCAGUUGUAGGAUUUAUAGAUGAUACAUUCCAGGUCACUCCUAAUACAGAUGAAGUGAGUGGGGUUUUUGUUGUGCCUUUGGAGUACUUUGUCAAGCCCUUACAUUACAAGGCCUUUUCUUAUGAAACCUCCUCAGGUUAUUUAACUCGGAUACACUGCUUUACAUAUCAUGACCAGGAACAUAAAAAGUCAUUCAAGAUAUGGGGACUGACUGCACACUUUGCUGUAUUUCUUGCUCUUGUAAUUUUUGGAGAGAGACCUACUUUUGAAGUGGAUUAUGAUCUUGACAACUUAAUGUCAUCCUCCGAGAAUUACUUCAGUAAUUUGUAUGCAUCUAUAUAUGAAAGAAAGAAGAGUAAUCUCUGACAACUUAGUCUGGCAAUUUAGUUUGAAAAAGGAAAAAGGAGGUUUAUUUAUUUCCUUUGUACCUAAUUUUUUGAAAGCUACACUUGAAUUUCUUCUGAAUUGGGAACUUCAAGUUGACAGUGCCUAACUAGAUUAAUAUAAUUUUUAAUCUCUUUUAAGAAUUGUGAGAAGCACACAAUAUUUUUUGUGAAACAGACUUUUAAAAGGUCUCUUUCAGUUCCUUCUCAGUUUCAAUGGCUUUGUUCUGUGUGAUUGGAGGUAUUUUCUGUGGUUUGCCUUGUCUAUAAUGAGGUAUGGUGACUAUUUGAUGUAAUUUGUGUCUAUUUGAGUUAAUGUAGGAAAACUUCAGGGUAUCUGUUUGUCUCUUAGAUGUGCCAUACGUGGACAACACCAUCCAUACAGUCUUGUGUGGUAUCUUUAAGCACUUACAGAAUGGACAAUAAAAAUACAAAAGGUUUCA